AUGUCAAGAAUAGUUGUGAAGAUAUUUUUGAUUUAUUUUCUUCAAAGUUUAUUUAUUUUGUUUGAAGCGAAAUAUUCUAUUCCUGAUCAAGUUAUUUUAAGUACAAUUAUUUAUAGAGAAUAUAAUUUAACUAUUUAUACAUCAUUAAGUAAUCCAAGUCGUGAACCAAAAUCAUGGAUAUUUUGGUAUGAUCCAUUAAUUAUAUUUGAUUAUACAAAAGAUAUUUAUCAAUAUAAUGAUCAAAUACGUUUUACAUUUUCUAUAUCAUCACCACAAAUUGAUCAAACAAUUAGAGAAAAUCUUAUUAAAACAAUGCAUCCUGAUGUUGAACAUUAUGCUAUAUUUUGGGUAAUUGAACCAUUACCAAUUGAUACAUUAACAAUCUAUAUUAUUGAUGAAACUUCUCUACCAAUAUCAUCUGUAUAUCCUUGUAUAAAAAAUGAAUUAUUUGGUACACUUACCUUUGAAUGUCAAUUUCAAUGUUCAUCAAUAAUUAUUGCUAAUUCAAUAAAAGAUUCAAUUUUAUGUGGAAAAUUAAAAUUGGAAUUAAAAUCUUAUAUUCAAUCAUCAACAUAUCCAAUAAUAAUUCCAUCAAGAAUUACAACAAGAAAAAAUUGGAAUUAUUUAAGAUUAAAUUUUAAUAAGAAAAAAUAUAUUUCUCGAUUUGAAAAAAGUAAAUUUAUUGAAAAAUAUUUUGUUAAUAUUCAAACAAUUGAUAAUACAAUAAAAGAAAUUGAUUUAGAAAUACUUUUUCAAUUAGCAAUAAAUCAAACAACAUAUUAUGAAAUGAAUUAUUUCAAUGGUUUAUGGAUAUUCGAAGAUUUUGAAUAUAUUUUAAAUAAUGAUUUAUUUUAUAAAAAUUAUCAAUUAAAUAAUCAAAUUUUAUUUUAUUUAAAAACAAAUUCUUCAUCAUCAAUAUUAAAAUAUUUUCCUAAACAAAUUUAUUCAAUUGAUGAAAUAAAAGAAAUAUUUUUAAAUAAAUUUGAUAUUUCAAUUGAAUGGUUAUUUAAUGAACAAAAAUGGAUAAUAAAAUCAUUAAAAGUUUAUUUCUUAUCAGAUCUAUAUGAUUAUCUUCAAUUAAGUUUAAUAAAUAAACAAUAUUAUUUAGAUAUUUUAAAUACAAAAUUAAAUCAAACAAUUGAUUGUUCAUAUUGGUCAACAAUUUGUUCAUGUCAAUCAACAAUAUCAUCUAUUGUUUUUCUAUCAACUACACAAUUUAUACGUAUAUCAAAUAUUGAUAUGGAUUUGGAAUUGACAGGUUUUACAAUUGAAUUAUGGCUAAGACCUGAUUUAUUACCACCAAAUGGAAUCGAAUCAAUAAAUAUUCUUAAUUUUCGUGAUCAAUAUCAAUUAACAUAUGAAUCAAAUGGGGAAAUUAAAUUUAGAGUUAUGAAUAAAAUUUAUUCAAAUAUUUAUGUAAGAACAUUACAAUCAAUAAAUGUAAAUCAAUGGAUAUUUCUAUCAUUUGUUUAUUCAUCUAUUGAUAAUCAAUUAGAAUUCUAUUUGAAUGGACAAUUUAUUUCAAGUAUUAUUUUAAUAAUAAAACCAGAAAAAUUAACUAAUGAUAUUCUUAUUGGAAAAGAAUUUAUUGGUGCUAUUAGAGAUUUACGUUUAUGGAAUUGUUCAAGAAAUCAAUAUGAAAUAUUUUCAACAAUGAAAACAAAUAGUUUAAUUGGAAAUGAAACAUGUUUAAUUGGUUUAUGGUCAAUGACAGAUAAUUACGGUCAAAUAAUAAAAGAUUUAACAAUGAAUAAUAUACCUCAUCACGGAACAUUAGGUUUUGAUCACAAUCUUAAUUUAAUAACUGAUCCAAUAUGGGCAUAUGUUCUACCUAAAUCAUUUCUUCCACCACCUCCAAAAGCUCGUACAUUAACUUAUUCAAUAUUUCGAGAAAAUAUAACAUCACCAAUGUAUGUUCAAUGGGGAACAAUAUUUGAUAUACCAGUACCUGCUGAUUAUGAUGGUGAUGGUCUAGCAGAUUUUGCUGUUUAUCGUCCAACAACAAUGACAUGGAUGAUUUCAUCAAGUAAUAAUCCAAAUAUUCUUCUAACAAAAUCUUGGGGUUUACCUGGUGAUAUUCCUGUUCGAUGUAAUUUUGAUGGAGAUAGAUAUUUUGAUUAUACUAUUUUUCGUCCAUCAACUUCUCAAUGGAUAUCUCAUUUAAGUAGUAAUCCAUCUUAUCAAUAUAUUCAUAAAUGGGGCAAAUCUAAUGAUAUACCUUGUCCAGGUGAUUUUGAUGGUGAUGGUAAAACAGAUUUUGUUGUUUAUCGUCGAGGAGUUUUCUAUAUAAGUCCAUCAAAUGAUCCAAGUGUACAAUGGACUAAACAAUGGGGUCAACCAGGUGAUAUUCCUUUAUCAAAUUGUGAUUUUGAUGGUGAUGGAAAAUCAGAUUUUGCUGUUUGGACACCUAGUAGUGCUAUAUGGUCAUGGAUUCCUAGUGGAAAUUCUUCGUUAAUCUAUCAACGACAAUGGGGUAGUAUUUAUGAUACACCACUUUGUGAAGAUUUUGAUGGUGAUGGAAAAGGAGAUUUUAUUGUUUAUAGAAAUUGGACUGGUGAAUGGUUUAUUAUACCUUAUAGUGUUUCAUCAGUUAUUAUAACAUAUCAAUGGGGUCGUUCAACUGAUGUACCAUUUGCUGGAGAUUUUGAUGGAGAUGGACGAGCUGAUUUUGGUUUAUGGAGACCAAGAAUAAAUAAAAGUUAUGUUUGGGAAAUAAUACCAAGUUCAAUGCCAGUAGCAUUGUUACGUAAACCAUGGGGAAUUGCAGGAGAUGCGCCUGUUAGUGGAGAUUUUGAUGAUGAUAGACGAUCUGAUAUUACAAUAUGGAGAUCAUCGAAUGGAUUCUGGUAUACUAUAAUGAUUGGUAAACCUGGUAUACAAGAAAUCAAACAUUGGGGUUUUUUUACUGCUAAUGAUACUGCAGUAACAGCCGAUUGGAAUGGAGAUAUUUUUAGUGAUUAUACAAUAUUUCGUCCAUCAAAUUGUUACUGGUAUAUAACACUUCAAGAUAAUCCUAUUCUUCGAAUUUUUAUGCAAUGGGGUGUUCCAGAAUAUCAAGAUUUUGCUGUAGCAGGUGAUUAUGAUGGCGAUGGAAAAUAUGAUUUUGCAGUUUGGCGACCAUCAACAGGUAUUUGGUUUAUUUUACCAUCAACAAAUCCAUCACAUAUUGUUAUGUCUCAAUGGGGUAUCCCUGGUGAUGUUCCAAUAACAGCAGCAGAUUUUGAUGGUGAUGGAAAAUCAGAUAUUGCUGUAUGGCGUCCAUCAACUGGAUCUUGGUAUAUUUUACCAUCAUCAAAUCCAAUUUAUCCAUUUUUUGGUCCAUCCGUCAUUCGACAACCAUUACAACCAUUACCAAAACCACAAUCAGUGCCACUUCCUAAUACAAAGAUUCCAGUAUGGCCGCCUACUACUAAGAAAAUGAUACCAGCAUGA